AAAUACACAAACUAUAAUCAAACCUAAUAUACCACUAAACUUUCUGUAAGGCUUAAUAUUUUUUUCCUUUUUAUUGAAAAGUUUAAUAUAUUUAUACAACCUAAUAUACAUUUAAUAAGAAUACAUAAACCAAUAUGAACUGUUAUGGUUAAGAUUAUUUAGAAGAACUUUUAAUUUAUCUUUUAUACAUUUAAAGUAUACAGUUAUUUAAAAUUUACGAAAAGAAAUUACUUUGUAGAUAUCUAUCUGUUCAUGAGGUUUUAAAAUUUUAUUAAAGUAUAGUUAGAUAUUUAUGAUGAAGAACUGAAAUACUGUAAUAAAUAAAAUCCAUCAAAUUUUGUUAAACUAAAAUCAAAAGUAGUUGUAUAUAGAUUUGAAGAAAUAUAUGUAACUCAAUAUAACCUACAAAGUACGUAACUUAAACAAUCCAAAAUUUUAUACCCAAAAUCAUUAACCAAAUUUUAUCUAUUUAGAACAAUAAAAAUAGUCAAAUUACGUUAUAAUACAUCCAAAUAAUAAUCAAAUCGAUUAGAUAUUAUAAAUUAAAAGCACAUAUUUAAUGAAAAUAACAAAAUAUUAAUCAAAAAUCAUACAUAUAAAUUACAAAAUAAUUAAAAUAAAAGCUUAAACAUUAAUUAAUUUAUAAUAUAUUUAUUUUUUUUAAUAUUUUUAUCCGUGCACGUGCGUGGGAAAGUCACCUAAUAGGUAUUUUAAUUAUAGAUCUAAACCGACUCGGACCCGAGAAAAAUCGACCCGAAUCCAAACCAAAAAUUUACAAGUACCUAUUGAAUCCAAAUUUUUAGGAUCCAAAAAACCCGAACUCUAAAAGAACUGGCUUAAACCCGAUCCAAAGAUCCUAACGCUCAUGCCUACUCAAAAUCAUACUAUUAGGCAGGACAGAGCGAGUAAUAUUGGGCUUAUUAUGAGCGUUUAAAAAUGGGCCAUAACGACAAACGAACAGUGAAAUAGAGUUGGGAAGGUCUCUUUAACCACCGGGUUUUUAGCCGCGAACGAACUCCUCCGCUUAUGAAGUUUCAAAUAUAGCUAGACAGAGAGAGAAAGAAAGAGAAAGCAGAGAGAUGACGUCACAGAAGAGAUUCAUCUUCGAGGUGGAAGCUGCUAAGGAAGCCACCGAUGGAAAACCCUCCAUUGGUCCUGUCUAUCGCAGUACUUUCGCCAAAGACGGUUUCCCUAACCCUAUCGACGGGAUCGACAGCUGUUGGGAUAUUUUCCGCACGGCUGUUGAGAAAUAUCCAAACAAUCGCAUGCUUGGUCGACGUGAGAUUGUGAACAACAAGGCAGGAAAGUAUGAGUGGAAAACAUACAAAGAAGUAUAUGACAUUGUCCUAAAACUUGGAAACUCUCUCCGUAGCUGCGGGAUUGAGGAGGGAGGAAAAUGUGGUAUUUAUGGUGCAAACUGUCCUGAGUGGAUUAUAAGCAUGGAGGCAUGCAAUGCACAUGGGCUCUAUUGUGUUCCUUUUUACGAUACUUUAGGCUCUGGUGCGGUGGAGUUUAUUAUUUCCCAUGCAGAAGUUUCCAUUGCUUUUGUAGAGGAGAAAAAGAUUCCUGAGCUUUUUAAGACAUGUCCAAACUCCACAAAGUAUAUGAAGACUGUUGUGAGCUUUGGCGGUGUCAAAUCGGAACAGAAAGAAGAAGCUGAAAAGUUAGGACUGGUAAUACAUGCUUGGGAUGAGUUCUUGAAGCUGGGUGAAGGUAAACAAUAUGAUCUUCCUGUUAAAAAGAAAAGUGACAUUUGCACAAUUAUGUAUACUAGCGGAACCACUGGUGACCCAAAGGGAGUUCUGAUGUCAAAUGAGAGCAUUGUUACCAUAACAGCUGGAGUGAGGCAUUUCUUAGCGAUUUUUAACGAAUCCCUUACUGAGAAGGAUGUCUACAUAUCUUAUCUUCCUCUUGCGCACGUCUUUGACCGGGCUGUGGAGGAGUGCAUUAUUCAUGUUGGUGGUUCAAUCGGUUUCUGGCGCGGGGAUGUUAAGUUGUUGAUUGAAGACCUUGGUGAGCUAAAGCCAAGUAUUUUCUGCGCUGUUCCUCGUGUCCUAGAACGAGUAUACACAGGUCUGCAGCAAAAACUAUCCGUUGGUGGUUUCUUCAAAAAGAAAGUUUUCAAUGUUGCUUUCUCCUAUAAAUUUGGAAAUAUGAAGAAGGGGCAGUCUCAUGUCGAAGCAGCUCCAUUCUGUGACAAACUUGUCUUCAACAAGGUUAAACAAGGACUGGGAGGCAAUGUGAGGAUUAUUCUAUCUGGAGCAGCUCCUCUUGCUAGUCACAUAGAGUCAUUUCUUAGAGUUGUGGCAUGUUGUCAUGUUCUACAAGGAUAUGGUCUAACUGAGAGCUGUGCUGGUACAUUUGUCACCUUCCCUGACGAACUUGACAUGCUUGGAACUGUUGGUCCACCAGUUCCAAACGUGGAUAUUCGCCUAGAAUCUGUCCCUGACAUGGAAUACGAUGCUCUUGGAAGUAUUCCGCGAGGCGAAAUCUGCAUCCGUGGGAAAACUCUGUUUUCUGGAUACCACAAACGUGAAGACCUCACCAAAGAGGUUCUUAUUGAUGGAUGGUUUCACACAGGUGAUGUUGGUGAGUGGCAACCAGAUGGAAGCAUGAAGAUAAUUGACCGCAAAAAGAACAUCUUCAAACUCGCGCAAGGGGAGUACGUUGCAGUUGAGAAUUUAGAAAAUGUGUAUGGUCAAGUAGAAGCCAUUGAUUCAAUAUGGGUGUAUGGGAACAGCUUUGAGUCCUUCCUUAUAGCAGUCGCUAACCCAAGUCAGCAAACUCUUGAACGCUGGGCCGCGGAGAAUGGAGUGAAUGGAGACUUCGACUCUAUAUGUCAAAACACAAAAGCGAAAGCAUUUUUACUUGGAGAACUCGUUAAGACAGCAAAAGAGAGAAAGUUGAAGGGUUUUGAGAUCAUUAGAGCUGUUCAUUUGGAACCUGUGCCUUUCGACAUUGAAAGAGACCUUCUUACUCCUACCUACAAGAAGAAGAGGCCUCAAUUGCUCAAAUACUAUCAGAAUGUGAUUGAUGAUAUGUACAAGACUGCAAAGGAAGGUCAAGCUUCAGUACAGUAGAUCCAUUCUACAUUCUAGUUUCAUUCAUUCUUUCUUUUUCCUGAUCAGGCAUGACUUUCUUCAUUUACGUUUCUCUAAAUAAGGUUUUGUUAAUGUCUUGAGAUGCUGCAUAGCUUCUUGACAUACUACAACAUGUCUUACUCUAUAAUUUUAUUUCAAAAUUUCAUGUUCCUAGACUUUGUACGAACUUUAACCCGAAAUCUUGUAAACAGUGGAGAAUUUAGUUUGGGGUUAUUAACAAUGCAACGAUUCUUGCUCUUAUACCCAAAGUCCAAGGAGCAGAAACUUGAAGGAUUUUCGAUCUAUUUAUUGCUGCAAUAUUCUCUACAAAGUUGUCUCUAAAAUUUUUGCCAAUCAUCAAAGUUUUUCUACCGGAAUUGAUUGAACCUAAUCAAUGUGAAUUUGUAAAGGGAAGACUUCUCCUAGAGAACGUAUUGCUAGCCACAGAAUUGGUCAAGAACUACCACAAGGACUCCAUUAGAGCUCGCAGCGUUUUAAAGCUCGACAUAUCAAAGGCGUUUGACUCAGUUAAUUGGUCAUUCAUCUUGGAUACACUUCGAGCCAUGAAUAUAUCUACUCAGUUAAUUGGUUAUUCAUCUUGGAUACAAUUUGAGCCAUGAAUAUACCUGAUCAGUUUGUACAUUCGAAUCAUGUCUUCCUAUCUACAAUUGCUUUCUCAGUUUUUAUCAGUGGUGAACUUGAGGAGUUCUUUCUGAGUACUCGAGGCCUAAGGCAAGGUUGUGCACUAUCUCAGUACCUAUUUGUCAUUACGAUUAAUAUUUUAUCACGCCUUCUGAACAGAGCAGCCUCAUCUGGGAAUAUUGGUUACUAUCCUACAUGCUCGGAAGUGAAUCUCACGCAUCUCAGUUAUCAUAGUUUUCACCAAUGGAGAUACGGAAUCUCUUCGAGGAAUUUUUACACUACUGGAUCAGUUCAAGCGUCUAUCUGGUCUCACUAUAAACCCAGCAAAAUCUUCAAUCUACAUGGCAGGUAGAAUCAGUCAAGCUUUUCGUGAUGAGGUGACCAGUAUGGGAAUAGAGCUGUAAACUGGGCGAGCCCAUGUCCAUUAGCCCAUAUCCAUUUGUCCAUUCAUUGUUUGUAGACAGCAAAGUGACCAUGUCCAUUAAGAACUAUGUCCAUUAAAGACCAUACCCACUAACACCCAUAUUUUUAUGGGUUGCCAUGGGGUCCAUAAUGACCAUAUAAGAAAAUUUUAAAUUUUAAUUUAUAAGCAUACAAUUAUAUAUAAAAGUUCAUAAAAUUAAAAUUCAUCCAUAAAUUCAAAAGUACAACAAUACAUAAGUUCAUAAA